AUGGGCGCACCAAUGUUGACGGGAAGCCAAAUGGCUGAGGGGCUCGCCAAGCCCAUCACUCCCAAGCCCAAGCGAAACCCGGUCUUCGCCAUGAUGGGCCUCCCCAACCUGCCCAAGAAACUGCCCUCGCGGAACUGGAUGAUCUUCCUGACCAUAACCGGUGCCAUCUCCGCCGCCAUCAUCUACGACAAGCGAGAGAAGAACCGGGCCACCGCCAAGUGGCGCCGAGCCGUUGCCCCUCUCGCCGAUGAGAAACUCUCCUCGUGUACUCAGCUCCCCCGGAAACUUACGAUAUAUCUCGAGUCGCCUCCCGGCGAUGGCUUUUACGUUGCUCGUAAUCACUUCGUUGAAUAUGUCAAGCCUGUCCUCUCUUCCUCUGGGCUGGAUUGGGAGUUUGUGCAAGGAAGGAUGCAGGGCGAUGUCAGAGCCGCGGUGGCUGAAAAAAUCAGAUAUUCGAGGAGGAAGAGUGAACGGCCCGGCGAACCUAUGCCCGACACGGACGAUGCGAGGCUAGAGGAGAUUCGCAAACAGAUGGGUGUGCCGGACUACGAAGGCAUCAAGGGCGACAUUGUCAUCGGCCGUCACACCUGGAAGGAGUACGUUCGUGGGCUGCACGAGGGUUGGCUGGGACCACUGGAUCCUCCUGCACAGCCAGAAGCAGAGCCUAAACCUGUCCCCAAGGCGGCCGAGGCCGUCCCGGGGCCCAAUGGCGAGGGAGACAGCAAGCCCGCGGAAGACGAGAAGAAACCCGAGGAGGGGAAGGAAGAAGAGAAGAAGCCUGAGCGUCCCCCUCAGCCUGUUCCUUACAACUCUAUCAAGGACUACGACUCGGCGGCUCUCCCCGCCCAAAUUCCCAACGAAUUCUCCCCCUCAGUCAUCAUUCCUCUACCUCACCGGAUCGGCUUUACCAACACUUUUGUUCGUUUAGGUCGUUUCUUCAACCGCCGCAAGCUGGCUGACGACAUUGGUCGUGAGGUCGCCGCGGCCUGCUUCGCUGCAUCCCGUGAGUACCGGUCAACCGGCGAGGGCGAGUACGAGCAGCAAUACGCUCUAUUCCAAGAAGAGAAGGACUGGGUCAAGAGCGUCUGGCAAGACGAGAAGCCAGAUGAGGACGCUGAGAAGCCCGUCGGUCCCCCUAAGGAGAAGAUCUGGGCGUCACCAAUGGUUGUAGAUCCCCGCAUUGUAUCAAGGAUGCGGAGGUUCGAGAUAACCGCAGAGCAUGAAGCCAAGGCCGCCCAGGUCGUUGUUCCGGAAACAGAGAUUGAGGGUUGGCUCAAGGGCAGUCUGAGAGGCCUCUGGCAAUGGGGCACCAGCUCAUUCGAGAAGAAGCCAACAGGUCCCAAUGUCGGCAACUUGGACGACGAAUAA